UGAAGGUCAAGGCGCACGCUAAGCGGCACGUCUUUGCCAAACAAUCAGAGGCUGCUGGAUAUCAAAUGCAUCCUCUUCUCCCCAAAUCUUUUUAAAAAUCAAUCCCUUCAAGCCUUUCGUGUUGUAAUCUUUUAAAACGAUGGCGGAAAGCGAGGUGGACACGCCGAGCACCCCGAUUGAAUACGAGAGCAAAUACUUCGAGUAUCAUGGAGUUCGACUCCCUCCUUUCUGCAGGGGCAAGAUGGACGAGAUCGCCAACUUUUCGUUAAGAAGUAGCGACAUAUGGAUCGUUACAUACCCCAAAUCAGGUACGAGUUUGUUACAGGAGGUGGUGUAUCUGGUGAGUCAGGGUGCCGACCCAGAUGAGAUCGGGCUCAUGAAUAUUGAUGAGCAGCUUCCUGUGUUGGAAUAUCCACAGCCGGGUCUGGAGAUCAUCCAGGAACUGACCUCGCCUCGUCUGAUCAAAAGCCACCUGCCGUAUCGUUUCCUGCCCACAGCCAUGCACAAUGGAGAAGGCAAGGUGAUCUACAUGGCCAGGAACCCUAAAGACCUGGUGGUGUCCUACUACCAGUUCCAUCGCUCUUUACGAACCAUGAGCUACCGGGGAACGUUCCAGGAGUUCUGCAGGCGAUUUAUGAACGACAAGUUGGGAUACGGCUCCUGGUUUGAGCAUGUUCAGGAGUUCUGGGACCAUCGCAUGGACUCUAAUGUUCUCUUCUUGAAAUAUGAAGAUAUGUACAAGGAUCUGGGGACCCUGGUGGAGCAGCUGGCUCGCUUUCUGGGCAUUUCGUGUGAUAAAGCCCAGCUGGAGAGCAUGGUGGAGAGCUGUAACCAACUCAUCGAGCAGUGCAGCAACUCUGAGGCCUUGUCCAUCUGCCGGGGUCGUGUUGGGCUUUGGAAGGACAUUUUCACUGUGUCCAUGAAUGAAAAGUUUGAUGCUGUUUACCGACAGAAGAUGGCAAAGUCUGACCUGACCUUUGACUUUACCCUGUGAGGAAGCGACACUGAACUAUCUGUUAACUGCUCAAGAACCAACCAACCAACCAAUCAGUUCACCUGCUGUGCUUAAUGUCACCUGAUGGACAUUCCCCAUCCAGAUUUUCUCUCUCUAUCUCCACCAUCUCUUGCUCAUCAAUGCUUUCCUUAUUAACUCAAAAGUUACUUCUUAGUACAGAUACACGGUCAGUACUAAGAGGCCUUUUUUUCAGUGCAUCAGCAGUGCUAGUCCAAAGUGUAAGCACAGUGCUUGUUGCGUUUGCACAUUGUACAGAGCUAUUCCAUAUCCCAAAGGCGCUUAUGAAAAGUGUAUUUAUUAAAAAUCAGAAAUGAAAAAUGAUUUAGACUAUAUUAUAUACUGUAUGCUAACGCCCUUACGACAAACUCUCAGAAAAAAUCGUUGUCGUUUCUCAGGAGGAUUCUUGAAAUCAUUGGCUAAAACAUGCACCAAAUAUGCAGUCAUCCAAUCACAGUUCAGGUUGCAAAGGCCUGAGCAUCAUGAUGAAUGCUGAUUGGCUCCUGGCCAAAAGAUCUUAAAGUGUUUGUUGAAAUACAUAUUGCUUCUUCUAGUGGCUUCUAGAUGCUUUGACUUACAUUCCAAUAUAGUUAUUCAUAAAUACCAUAGAUAUGUAACUUUUUUUUACAUUUACUCUCAUGUGCAUCCAUCAUUUUUGAGUGUAUCAUGUCUGCGUAUUUGCAUAAGUGAGAAAUAUCAGUCACAUGAACGUAUUCAAUCUUUGUGUAAUGGAAUGGGAAAGAUAACAUUUUAUAUUAAUAACAUGCACAUCAUAAUAAUAUAAUGUAUCUGAAAGCAUUAUCAUUAUGUCUUGGUAAAAAAAGCAUAAAAGAUGCAUAAGGUGAAUUCAAAUAUCAAAGUGAUUUAUAACCUCACAUAUCCAACAAUUGCUGUGUUUAGAAUGGAACACUAGCAUACUACAUAGUGUACUAUUUUUAAAAAUUAUUAUUAUUAUUAUUUUGAAUUUUUUAUCCAAUUUUGUGUGGCAGUCUGAUCAAAUAAUGAGACAUUAAGAUAUUACAUCUGGUUAAUUUGUGACACUGAGGGUUAGUUGAGUGCAUUGCAUUGUGGGAUUGAGUUUACUGUGCAUUGUGCACUAAUACAAUGAAAAGGUACUAAGCAAAGGUUAAAAAAACUGAAUGAGUAAAUAAAACAAAGAUCGCUGAAGUGAAUACGAUUUCAGUCUUUCUACUCAUAAAAUAUCUUUUUUUAAAUUCAAUGUUACUUGCCAGUUCUCUGUAUAUAAUUGACAAAUUUACUUGAAAUUUCUGAGUAAAAAGUUCUACAUGCAUCUUUUUCAGUGUAGUAUGCAACCUAAUAAUGAAAAUGUGCAUACUGUGUACUGUAGAAAUAGUGAGAGUAGUAUAUAUGUUAUUUUUUAUCAGUUAUCUUUUUUUUUAUUAUUGCAAAAAUAUUAUGAAUACACUGAAAAAAAAAAUUAGUGUAGAAAUUAUUUUCACUCAGAAGUUGGUAGUAAAUUUCACAAUAUUACAAAGAAAAGGCAAGUAAAUGUGAAAUUUUGAACUAGUAUUCUCUUGUAAAACAUAAUCCAAUAGUCUUUGUUUUAUUUGCAACUGUGAAUUUAAAAAAAAAAAUUUAACAGUGUAUUAUGAAUAGUAUUCUAUUCUGAAUUCAGACAACCACUUUAUUCAGGAAGAGAACUUCUGUUCAGACAGAAAAGAGGCUGUCAUGUCAUAAAGCUCUGAAACCUCACGUCCAAUCAGGAGGCUGCGUCCUCACAGUCACUUAAUUCAUUCCUCUACACCAUUUUCUCUUUAUUUACCCUCACUAUCAUUUCCCUUCUUGUCUCUGGACACAUUAGCCUGUUGCUCCGAAUGUCACAGAAACUCAAAGGCUACUAGCAACAUGUAUUAGUACUGCUCAUGUACAUGGUCAGCUUGCACUGAUUUAGUCCUGCUAUGCUGUCUUAUGGAACUCAACACUGGUUUCUUUUCAGCCUUGCUUGCUGGUUUAUUAAUAAAUUGACAUCUUUAAGCCUUGACGUUCA